GUCAAGCUGUCAACCGAAAACAUCUUGCAAGUAUUGGUAACGCUGCUCAUCUUCUUGAAGGUCCCACAUGAUCUCAGUCCUAUCUAUACUAUCGCUUAUUCCAUCGGUCGUGUUGACCAUCAUACCGGUAUCCUUCUGGUUUCGAGCAAAGUAGGCAUCCGACAAGCAAGUAGAAGCAUCGCCAGGGUCCUCCAUCAGUCCAUCGAGCUACCCAAAUCUUUGUUAUCUGGCCCAUCUCUAGCCGAAUCAAUUUUACCGUUAGACGAACUUGAGCGUGACAAUGGCGGCCUCCAGAUUUGAUCUAUCCUAUAGGAAAUCCAGCAUUGAAGAGCCCACUUCUCCCACUACAAGCAUACUCUGCCCAAUAAGACGAGAUCUGAUUGAAGAUGAAGAACCCAGUGAUAGUUACUCUUUCUUGGCGUGCUUGUCGCCGUCUGGAUCCUCGCUGCACGAAGCCCUCCUGGAAAAGGCAAAGACCACAGAAACUGCUUAUGAUACAACCACCACGGUCUUGGUACAGGACGGCGAGAGUCCCAAGUGUGCGAGCUUAGCUAGCCUUACCAACCUCGCGGUGGAAGAAAACAAAGUGGAGCUCUAUACCCGAAACGACACCGCCAGCACACAAGACUCCAACGAAGAGAAUCCGCCAUACACAGACACCAGCUUGGAUGCUGCAUCGGUUGGGCUCAUGGCGUCUGGAUUGGCAUGGGUCCGUCGUCGGAAGAGCAACCGUUACGGGGGCAGUCGAUACCCGAUCGAUCGGAAAUUGCAGCAGAGACAAGAAGAGAUUGAUGCCUCCACAGAGCUUCUCCAAAGUUCUAGCAAAGAUCCAUCUCCGGGCACACCGCUGCGCCGUGCUGUCUCUUGCCCCGACGGCCAUCAGGAGCUAGAAAUCAAGUCUUGUCCAACUUCUCCUUCCUUUAUGACGCAUGCUUCCGCCAGUCCUCUCUUCUCUUUGGCUAAGAUUCCAUUGGCAAGCAAUAGCACCAUCAACAACACCAGCAAAAGUGUGGCCUCUUCACCCAUGAAGGCAGAACUGGCUCCGCGAUUGAACCCAGUGAAUAACAUUUAUUCCAUUUCAAGUCUAUUGACAGGCAGUAGACAAAGCAACGCCUUGCCGGAAGACACACAGAAUGAUUCCCCUGGAGGUCACGUUGCAUUUCUUCAACCCGAAUCCAAGGAAGAAGAGGAAACAUCUAUCGCACCAGCUUCUGUUGUCCCAUCGCUGGGAUACUUUUGUCAGGACGACUCUUUGAAGCCAAAGGGCAAUGACAAAUCCCCAACACGUUCGGCACUAGCGAGAGUGUUCUCUCGCAUUGGCUCAGAGUUCACGGAUCAAGACCUAGAUGAAGUUUCCACCGACGAGGAAGAAGACAUCAUCUCGGAAAGCGAAAGCGAAGAGGAUAUUCAUGGAGUUGCCUGGAUCCCUCAGGUACGGACUGUCGCCGAGAGUACAGCUCGGGUAAACUCUUGCAUCCUGACACCACUCCAGAUGCAUCAGAUCGCCCGUCAUGUGCUACCCAAGGGCAUUGCUGCCUGUCAGUGGAAAUGCAUCUAUUCGUUGGCUCGAGAUGGCGACUCUUUUGACGUAUGUUUGCACUAUGCGAGAAACGAUAGAAAGACAUUGCUCGUGGUGCGGACAACAAGGGGCGCGGUUUUCGGGGGUUAUGCGGGCGAAACUUGGACAAGAAAUGGAGAAGCACACUACUAUGGCAACAAUGAAACUUGCUUGUUUACCUUUGAAGAAAAGAAGCCAGACACACUACCACCAACGGAACCCGAAGUGGUACUUCCUGAAGACCCGCCAAAGGAGGCAACGACCUGCGAGCAAGGAGGCAGCAAUGGACGACACAAGGACACAGCAGACGGGAACAGUCCUACACGCGAAGAACGCGAGAAUAUUCGGCCCCUGGAAAGCGACGUGAAGGUAACGCUUACUCCAACACGCUACGAGAGGUUAACACGAAGUGGAACCUUUCCAGUGACAAAGGAUGGAAACCUACCUGUGACCAGGGCAAGAUCCACGAUUGCUGCGCCGCUGUCUCCGCCUCUUGUGCAUCGUCCCAAAAAGUCUCUUGUGGAUGAUGACGAAGACAGUUACGAAGCCAGCCUUCCGCCUAUCCGCGUGUACAAGUACAAGGGAGUCAAUCGUUACAUUCAAUACUGCGAUGCCAAUCGCAAAAUGCUCGCUUUUGGGGGUGGUGGUGUGGAGGGUUCCUUUGGGCUUUGUGUGCAGCGAGAGUUUCAACUGGGAAGUACUGGGCACUGCGAUACUUUUGACAAUGAGCCCCUUUGUGAGCAGGAAAGCUUCAAGAUAGUGGAUGUGGAACUCUGGGGUUUCCUGACUGGUCAAUUCUAAGAUGGAUGCAUACGAAGCGGUCCGGGUGAGGGGUUGACUGGAUGCGCAGGAUGAGAAUCCAACUGUAUUUUGUCUGUCAUCUUUCCUGCGACCAAUUAUUACUAAUUUAAUCAAGCACAAUCAAGUUGCCACAGCAACGUCCAGUUCCAUUUGCUAGCUAGCUGGCCAGAGGGUACCGGUACCGGACCCCCUGGAGUGAUUCAAUCCUGUACGACGGAGCAAAAGCCGACCGGUGAAUCCAGGUCCCCUGAACUGCCACACAUUUUGCACCUCUUGAGGACCACCUCAAAUACAUGGUGCCGAGAGGCUUGUCUUGCUGUCGCCAUGGACCGUCUGCUUGAUUCCCUGAAGACAGUUCAACAACUUACUUGUAUCAGCUAGAGACUUCUUCCUGCACCUCUGGGUAAACCUGUAAGAAUUGGAAAAAAUCUUGGACUGGCAAAUCCAGGCCCCCUGAACUGCCACACAUUUUG